AUGGCUUUGUUGCGAUCUUUCACGUCUUGGACGCGCGUUGUCCCGCGCACCGUCCUGCGUCCGUCUAUUGCACCGGGAUCACGCUGGAACAGCACAAACUCGACGCCCAAGUCGUACGGUAACUGCCCGUCAUGCCGCGCACCGCUUCAAACCCGCCUGCCGGUCUGCGCGAAAUGCUCGUAUAUCUCCCCGGCCCCGCCCACGCUCACUCAUCACGACAUCUUUGACAUACCUUACGAACCAAACCCGUUCGUCGUGGACGUUGGGGAGCUGAAGCACCGAUUCAGAAACGUACAACGAGUGGUGCAUCCCGAUACCUGGUCUAGCAAGGGGCCAGAGAAGCAUCGGCUCGCAGAGAAUCUAUCAUCCCACGUAAAUGAUGCGUACAAAACGCUUGUCAGCUCUACGAGGAGGGCGGAAUACAUCCUGAAACAAAACGGCGUUGAAAUGGGCGAGGAGGAGCAACUCGACGACCCGGAGUUGAUAAUGGAGGUGAUGGAGGCUCGAGAGGCACUGGAGGAGGCCGAGAACGAAGAUCAAGUCGAGAAGAUCAGGCGACAAAAUCGAGAACGUAUGAUUGAAACACGACAUGAACUGGAGCGGCUGAUAGGAGAGAAGCAAUGGGAGGAAGCGAAAGAGGCAACUAUACGUCUACGAUAUUUGCGAGGCAUCGACGAGGCGGCGCGAGCGUGGCCCAAUCCGCCGGGUUCGAACCAUUAAUUAGUACAGCUGCAUGCUGCAGCAAUAGAACCAAUGCUGUUAUUAACUAAAUAUGGAAGCGCUUUUCCU